UUCCACUUUAUUUAUAUAAGUUAUGAAUAAAUAAAAUUUCUUACUUUAUUAAUAUCUUAUUAAAAAUAGCAGAUAUUGAUGUUACAUCAAUGGUAGAGGAAAUUACUAAAUGGGUAGACUCGGGGAAAGAAACAGAAUCAUUUAACAAAUCAAUUCAACUUUUAAGUAUACCAGAUGAAUUACAAUUCGUCAAUUGGAGAACUUUUACUGGUUUACAUAGUAUGGGUAUUUGUACUAUAUGCAAAUCAAUUCUCCAAACUUUUAUAAAAUUUCGACAACAAGGAAUGUCUGACGAUGAUAUUGCGAAGAAUGUCAUUAAAUUAUGUAUAUUAUUGAAUUUUCAAAGCGAGAGAGUUUGUAGUGGUGCUGUUAAAUUGAAUUUGCCAAUAAUUGUUCAUAUAUUAGAUUUAAAACAAAAUAUAAAUGCAUCCGAUAUUUGCGGAAUUGUUUUGGAAUCUAAGUCUUGCCCUCUUAAUGCUGAAAAAUAUGAAUGGUCAGUUCCUAUCGAUCAUAUAACUAUUGACAAUAUUUCUUUGAAGAAUACAAGUAAUGAAACAAUAAAAAUUAUACAAAUAACCGAUAUUCACUAUGAUCCUAAAUACGAGCCAAAUGGGAACCCGCUUUGUAAAGAACCUACUUGUUGUCGUAAAGGACAGAAUAUUACAAACUCCAGUAACAAAUUAGCUGGUUUUUGGGGAGAUUAUAAUGAUUGUGAUACUCCAUGGCAUUCAGUAGUAAAUACGUUAGCUCAUAUCAAAGAUACACAUCAGAAUAUUAAUUAUGUUUACUUUACUGGAGAUAUAAUAGACCAUGGUGUUUGGGAAACAACAUUAGAAGGAAAUAUAGAAAGUCUUAGUAAAAGCUACGCUGAGAUUUAUAAACAUUUUAAAGAUAUACCAGUUUAUCCUAUACUUGGUAAUCAUGAAUCACAUCCUUUGAAUCAAUUUGCACCACAACAUAUUACCAAAGACAGUUUAAGUACACGUUGGUUGUACCAUUUGGUGGCAGAUAUAUGGAUUAAUUAUGGGUGGUUACCAGAAUCUACUCGCGCUACUAUCUUACAAGGAGGAUAUUAUACAUUAUCGCCCAGAAAAGGAUUUAGAAUUAUAGUUCUUAACAGUAAUGUUUGUUACUGUUAUAACUGGUGGUUAUUAUACCAACACCAAGAUCCUGACGGACAAUUACAAUGGUUAGUAGAAACUCUUAUAGAAGCUCAACGAAAUCAAGAACUUGUACACAUUCUAAGUCACAUUCCACCUGGUCAAAAAGAUUGUCAACAUAUAUGGAGAAGAGAAUAUAUUAAAAUUAUUAAUAAAUUUUCUCAUAUUAUUGCUGCGCAAUUCAAUGGUCAUACACAUAAUGACGAAAUACAAAUUAUUUACAAAGAUAAGAAUGCAACAAAUGCUAGUCACGUUGCAUGGAAUGGAGGUAGCAUUACAACUUAUUCGAACUUGAAUCCAAACUAUAAAUUGUAUAUUAUUGACAAUAACACGCUAAGUGUUAAAGAUUUUGAUAAUUGGAUGUAUGAUAUAACACAAGCAAAUGAAGAUCCAACUAAAUUCCCCCAAUGGUACAAAUCCUAUUCUUUUAAGAAUGAAUAUAAUCUUAAGGAUUUAUCAUUAAAUUCUUUAAACAAUUGGCUCAUAGAUAUGAGAAAUAAUCAAGAUAUAUUAGAUCGAUAUUAUAAGAACUAUUUCAAACACGCAACUCCAUCUUUGCAGAAGAAUUGUGAUUUUAAGUGCAAAGAAAAAUAUAUAAAUAAUAUUAUUAUUACUAUACCGCACUAAAUAUUAUAGUUUGAAUAUUACCAGGAUUUUAUUAGUAAUGCUUGUUCAUCUUUACACGAAAAAACGUUUUAUUUAUUUUAAAUAGAAAUAAAAAUUUCUUUCAUUCCACUGUAUAAAUCAU